UGGUGGGGCAACCCACUCGUGCGCUUCGAGUUCGAGCUUUCUCGCGUGAGAGAGAGAGCUUCGGAAAAGCGGUUUUGGGUGUGGCUGCCGGAACCGCGGAUCGAUCAUUUUGACCCCUCUGCUCCUUCUAUUUAUAUUACCAAACACCAACAUCCUCCCACCAGUGCCUUCACAAAUUCAAAGAUCAAGACUCUCUCUCUCUCUAGAUCUCUUCCUGGUGUCAUGGCGACAGAGAAAGUGGAGACGGUGGUGGCGGGGAACUAUGUGGAAAUGGAAACCGAAGGUGAGCCGAAGACAGUAAAGACCAAGCUCUCCAAGUUAUUCUGGCAUGGCGGAUCCGUCUACGACGCUUGGUUCAGCUGUGCUUCCAAUCAGGUCGCACAGGUGUUGCUUACGCUGCCAUACUCUUUUUCUCAACUAGGAAUGGUUUCAGGCAUAAUACUGCAGCUGUUUUAUGGAUUGAUGGGUAGUUGGACGGCCUAUCUUAUCAGCAUCCUCUAUGUGGAGUAUAGGACUAGGAAGGAGAGAGAGAAAGUCGACUUCAGAAAUCACGUCAUUCAGUGGUUUGAAGUUCUUGAUGGGCUUCUUGGGAAGCACUGGAGGAAUGUUGGUCUCGCAUUCAACUGUACUUUCCUUCUGUUUGGAUCUGUCAUCCAACUCAUAGCAUGUGCCAGUAACAUUUACUACAUAAACGACAACCUGGACAAGAGGACAUGGACAUACAUUUUCGGCGCUUGCUGCGCCACUACAGUCUUUGUUCCUUCUUUCCAUAACUACAGAAUCUGGUCCUUCAUUGGGCUAGUCAUGACCACUUACACAUCUUGGUACAUGGCCAUAGCUGCUCUGCUUCAUGGGCAGGUGGAAGGAGUCCAGCAUUCAGGAGCAACAAAGCUAGUUCUCUAUUUCACUGGGGCCACAAAUAUCUUGUACACAUUUGGAGGGCAUGCUGUGACUGUGGAAAUAAUGCACGCCAUGUGGAAGCCUCAGAGGUUCAAGGCCAUAUAUCUGCUGGCCACCUUAUAUGUGCUGACACUGACCAUACCAUCUGCAGUCUCUGUGUACUGGGCCUUCGGCGACAUGCUUCUGAACCACUCCAAUGCUUUCGCUUUGCUUCCAAAAACGGGCUUCAGGGACGCUGCUGUCAUUCUGAUGCUCAUCCAUCAGUUCAUAACGUUCGGGUUCGCGUGCACGCCGUUGUAUUUCGUAUGGGAGAAGCUGAUAGGAAUGCAUGAGACGAAGAGCAUCUGCAAGCGGGCGGUGGCGAGGCUGCCAGUAGUCAUCCCCAUCUGGUUCCUGGCCAUCAUCUUCCCCUUCUUCGGCCCCAUCAACUCCGCCGUCGGCUCCCUCCUCGUCUCCUUCACCGUCUACAUCAUUCCAGCCCUCGCCCACAUGCUCACCUUCCGGACGGCCUCGGCCAGAGAGAACGCCGUGGAGAGGCCGCCGAGGUUCGCCGGCAGGUGGGUCGGCAUGUUCGUCAUCAACACCUUCGUCGUCGGGUGGGUGCUGGUCGUGGGGUUCGGCUUCGGCGGGUGGGCCAGCAUGACCAACUUCGUGCACCAGAUCAACACCUUCGGCCUCUUCACCAAGUGCUACCAGUGUCCUCCGCCCAAGCAGAUCACCACGCCGCUGCCACUGCCGGCGGCCAACGCAACGACGUCGGCUCCUUCGCCGGCACCUUAUCAUCACCAUCAUCACAGACAUCACUGACUGCAACCCCCAUUUCCUUUUCCUCUGUUUCUACUUUUUCUUUUCUUUCUCUUUGGCUUGCUUUUUUCUGGUCAUGGUAGAACCUGUCCCCCCGGCCGAUCGGUGGAGGAAAUGAAGGAAAACAAAAGGGCAAUGAUGGUGGUGAUGAUGAAAGAGGAAGAGGGAGCAGAGAGGGAAGAAAAGGAAGGGCAUGACAUCAUACGAAUGAUUUUGUUAACUAAAAGGGGGAUGUGAUGUGAUUAUAAACUAGGUAGGACGGCCAUGGCACUUCUCCUCCUCUUCUUCUUCUUCUCUCUUUUCUCUUUUUAGCGACAGUUUGUAAGAAGUUUGAAUUUUAUAAAUUAGAAUGAGGAACAGGCGUGUAUUUAUCC